AAAACAAAAAAUCAGUGGCAAGAUUUUGCUGAGUCUCUAAAACUUUUCCCAAGAUGGAACCGAUAACAUUCACAGCAAGGAAACAUCCAUUUCCCAGUGAAGUCUCGGUGGACUUCGGCCUUCAGCUGGUGGGCUCCUUGCCUGUACAUUCUCUGACCACCAUGCCCAUGCUGCCUUGGGUUGUGGCAGAGGUGCGAAGACUCAGUGGUCAAUCCUCCAAAAAGGAGCCCAUCAUCAGGCAAGUCCGGCUUUGGGUUUCACCCUCUGGACUGAGAUGUGAACCUGACCCAGGGAAGAGUCAACAAUGGGAUCCUUUGAUCUGCUCCAGCAUCUUUGAGUGCAAGCCUCAGCGUGUUCACAAAUUGAUUCACAACAGUCAUGACCCAAGCUACUUUGCAUGUCUGAUUAAGGAGGAUGCUGUCCACCGGCAGAGUAUCUGCUAUGUGUUCAAAGCUGAUGAUCAGACAAAAGUGCCUGAGAUCAUCAGCUCCAUCCGCCAGGCCGGGAAGAUCGCCCGCCAGGGGGAGCUGCGCUGCCCAUCUGAGUUCGAUGACACAUUUGCCAAGAAGUUCGAGGUCCUCUUCUGUGGCCGAGUGACAGUGGCGCACAAGAAGGCCCCACCGGCCCUGAUCGAUGAGUGCAUCGAGAAGUUCAACCAUGUCAGCUGCAGCCUGAGGGCUGAUGGGGAGCCACCCUCGCAGGGUCCCACACCCCUUGCUGAUGGGGUCCCUUCGCCCGGCCCCCCCCACCGGCCCAUGCGCAAGUCCUUGUCGCAGCCAGGGCUGCGCUCACUGGCCUACAGGCGGGAGUUCCAGGAUGGCGGCCUGCAUAGCUGCAGCUUCUUCAGCUCCUUCGAGGAGAAUGACAUCGAGAACCACUUGAUUAGCGGGCACCAUAUCGUGCAGCCCACAGACAUUGAGGAAAAUCGAACUAUGCUAUUCACGAUCGGCCAAUCUGAAGUUUACCUCAUCAGUCCUGACACCAAAAAAAUAGCAUUGGAGAAAAAUUUUAAGGAGAUAUCCUUUUGCUCUCAGGGCAUCAGACACGUGGACCACUUUGGGUUUAUCUGCCGGGAGUCUACAGGUGGUGGCGGCUUUCAUUUUGUCUGCUACGUGUUCCAGUGCGCAAAUGAAGCUCUGGUUGACGAAAUCAUGAUGACCCUGAAGCAGGCUUUCACAGUGGCUGCAGUGCAGCAGACAGCGAAGGCUCCAUCCCAGCUGUGUGAGGCCUGCCCCUUGCAGGGUCUGCACAAGCUCUGUGAGAGGAUAGAGGGAAUGAAUUCUUCCAAAACCAAAUUAGAACUCCAGAAGCACCUGACAACACUGACUAAUCAGGAGCAGGCAACCAUUUUUGAGGAGGUGCAGAAAUUGAGACCAAGAAAUGAGCAGCGAGAGAACGAAUUGAUCAUUUCUUUUCUGAGAUGUUUAUAUGAAGAGAAGCAAAAAGAACACAUCCAUAUUGGAGAGAUAAAGCAGGCACCACAGAUUACAGCAGAAAAUAUUGGUAGUGAAUUACCAGCCAGUGCUCCUCGAUUUAGGCUAGAUAUGCUGAAAAACAAAGCAAAGAGGUCUUUAACAGAAUCUUUAGAAAGUAUUUUGUCCCGGGGUAAUAAAACGAGAGGCCUGCAGGAACAUUCUCCCAGCGUGGAUCUGGACAGCUCUGUGUCUAGUACAUUAAGUAGCACCAGCAAAGAGCCGUCCAUGGGUGACAAGGAGGCCCUUCCCGUCUCUGAGAGCUCCUUCAAGCUCCUGGGCUCCUCGGAUGACCUGUCCAGUGACUCGGAGAGCCAUCACCCAGAGGAGCCUGCUCCGCUGUCCCCACAGCAGGCCUACCGAAGGCGAGCCAACACCCUGAGCCACUUCCCUGUGCAGUGCCCGGCACCUCCAGAGCCCACUCGGGGGUCUCCAGGAGUCAGUCAGAGAAAGCUUAUGAGGUAUCACUCGGUGAGCACGGAGACACCUCAUGAACGGAACUUGGACCAUCCGUCUGUGGGCCGUUCUAAGCACUGGUCAGGGCAGCCUUCAGAUCCUCCUCCUCCUCGUCUUAACCCUUCUGCCUCUUCGCCAAACUUUUUAAAGUACCUAAAACAUAAUUCCAGUGGAGAACAAAGCGGAAAUGCCGUGCCGAAGAGCAUCUCGUACCGUAAUGCCCUGCGGAAAAAACUUCAUUCUUCCUCCUCUGUGCCAAAUUUUCUAAAAUUUCUGGCUCCUGUAGAUGAGAAUAACACCUCUGACUUUAUGAACACAAAAAGGGAUUUUGAAUCCAAAGCAGACCACCUGGAAGACGUGGGGGAGACCCCUGUGAAGACCCGGCGGCACUCGUGGCGGCAGCAGAUCUUCUUGCGCGUGGCCACCCCACAGAAGGCCAGCGACUCUGCUGGCAGAUACGAAGAUUAUUCAGAGAUAGGAGAGCUUCCCCCGCGGUCUCCUUUGGAACCAGUGUGUGAAGAUGGGCCCUUCGGCCCUGUACUGGAGGAGAAGAAAAGGACAUCUCGGGAAUUGCGGGAGCUGUGGAGAAAGGCCAUUCUACAGCAGAUAUUGCUGCUGAGGAUGGAGAAGGAAAAUCAGAAGCUACAAGCUUCCAAGAACGAUUUGCUGAACAAGCGCCUGAAACUUGACUACGAAGAAAUCACUCCUUGUCUUAAAGAAGUAACUACAGUUUGGGAAAAGAUGCUUAGCACUCCAGGAAGAUCAAAAAUUAAGUUUGAUAUGGAAAAAAUGCACUCAGCUGUUGGGCAAGGUGUGCCACGUCACCACCGGGGUGAAAUCUGGAAAUUUCUGGCUGAUCAGUUCCACCUGAGACAUCCAUUUCCCAGUAAGCAGCAGCCGAAGGAUGUGCCCUACAAAGAACUCUUAAAACAGCUCACCUCCCAGCAGCACGCAAUUCUCAUCGACCUGGGACGAACCUUUCCUACGCAUCCAUACUUCUCUGCCCAGCUUGGAGCAGGGCAGCUGUCCCUUUACAACAUUCUGAAGGCCUACUCACUCCUCGACCAGGAAGUAGGAUAUUGCCAAGGUCUUAGCUUUGUGGCGGGCAUCCUACUGCUGCAUAUGAGUGAGGAAGAGGCAUUUAAAAUGCUCAAGUUUCUGAUGUUUGACAUGGGACUACGGAAACAGUAUCGCCCAGACAUGAUUAUUUUACAGAUCCAGAUGUACCAGCUCUCACGGCUACUUCAUGACUACCACCGAGAUCUCUAUGACCACCUGGAGGAGCAUGAGAUCGGGCCCAGCCUCUACGCUGCCCCAUGGUUUCUCACCGUCUUUGCUUCACAGUUCCCGCUGGGAUUUGUAGCCAGAGUCUUUGAUAUGAUCUUUCUUCAGGGGUCAGAAGUCAUAUUUAAAGUGGCUUUAAGUCUGUUGGGAAGCCAUAAGCCUUUGAUUCUGCAGCAUGAAAACCUAGAAACCAUAGUGGACUUCAUAAAAAACACACUACCCAACCUGGGUCUGGUGCAGAUGGAGAAGACCAUCAAUCAGGUGUUUGAGAUGGACAUUGCUAAACAGUUACAAGCUUAUGAAGUUGAGUACCACGUGCUUCAAGAAGAACUUAUUGAUUCCUCUCCCCUCAGUGACAACCAAAGAAUGGAUAAAUUAGAGAAAACCAACAGCAGCUUACGCAAACAGAACCUUGACCUCCUUGAACAAUUGCAGGUGGCACAUGGUAAGAUCCAGAGCCUUGAAUCUACGGUAGAGAAGCUCCUGACCAGCGAGAGCAAGCUGAAGCAGGCCACACUGGCCUUGGAGCUGGAGCGGGCUGCCUUGCUGCAGAUGGUGGAGGAGCUGCGAAGGCAGCCUGUGGAGCCGAGUGCUGGGCAGCCUGAGCCUGCAGGUGACUGACAGCUCUACGGAGAGAUUGCACACCUUCCUAACACUGUCUAGGCCUUAAUCGUGUCAGAAGAUGCUGGAGUGAGAGUGGAGUGUGACGUGAACUUCUCAGGGAGGAAACUGGCUUGCCAACAAAUUUUCUUUGAGUUCAGACUUUCAAUUAGAGGACAAAUGUCCCAGUGUAUUUGUUAUUUUUGUUUUGGGUUCUAAUUCAUCCCUUCUCCAGUCCCGAUUUCUGUUCUCAGUAGCUUUAGAUGGCAUGGACAUAAAUAAAUGCACCUUUAUGUUUUCUUGUUGUUUCCUAUUUGAGCAGCCCCAUGUAUGUAAAGAGCAUUCGUAGUGCUGAGAUUUCCAAAGCAGGAAGGGCUCAAGAUGAUUCUGCAAGCAAAAGUAUGUGUGGUUCUGUUGUUCUUUAAGACAGAGUCCGUGUGACCACACCUUCAGUGUCACUGACGAGGUGCAGUUGGCGCUUGUCCAUUCUUGUCAUGGAGACCUAAGAUGAGUGUGGGAAAGGACGGAAUGGGAUUUGUUUAAGUUGAAUAUCUUCAUGACUAUCAGUAAAUCUGAUCUAUAUUCUUGAUACUUAACGAAAUCUGCUUUUAAAAACAAUUAGAGUGUUUUUCAUACAUUUUUGCUUGUCAGAUUAAAUGUAGUUGAUCAAAGUCAUGGUAAAUAAAUAUUUUAUGGUAAAAAUCACCAGUUUCAGACUCUACCAGGUAUUGUUAGCACGUGGUCUGAGAUAUUUAUUUUUUUGUGAUAGUUUCAUACCCAUACUACAAAGUCAUGUAUUUAUUUUUCCUGUUGUAUGAUUACAGCUGUGUUCCUUUGAGGCCCAACCUCUUGGAAAUCUGAUUCCUUACAGAAGGA